CGAGACUUGAACCGGUGCAGACGCGCGAAACCGGCACUCUUCCCAUCGCAUCGCAUCGAUGGGACUCGAUUGUGUUCCUCAGCGGCAUAUAACGCGGAAAAUGAGGAGGUGUUGAAAGUGACAACAGACCCUGGCCCUCUAAUAAUGGUGAAUGGGGUGUGUUUGCGUGUGGUUUAUUUUUAUAUCCCUCUUCCGUAACAACGGCGACGACGACGGCGGCAUGACGCGGUUUCCUUUAUGGUCCCACUCGGGCGAACCCGCAACAGAAGAAGCUGAAAGGCUGAGAAGCUACUCGAGUGUUGGAGCAAAAUAAAGAAGUGAUUUGCUGACUUCUUGAGGGAUUUGUGAUUGUCGGCUUCCCGCACGCUGGAGAAGAAUAUGCUCUUGUCGAGAAUCCCGCGCAGUGGACAAGUGCAAGGAUGUUUGGAGUGGCAUCAGUCAGUGCAUUCUUUGAAGAGUUUCCUGUUUGCUGGGAGGAUGAUGAUGGUGGCGCGGAAAAUGUUCGAAGCAGAAUGUAACAAAGUGUAACCAGUGAAAGUGAAACGUGAGAAGCUUGGAAGAAAUUGGUGAAAAUGAGGGAGUUGCUUCGAGCGGUGGCAAAGGAUUAGUGUCAUAUGAAAAUGCGGCUGCCGAAAUGUAUAGCAAGCUCUGCCCAAUAAUAAAUCGAAGCAAAAUCAAGUGCUAGUAAUUAAUAUCGCCACAAAUUCGACGAAGAAGCAUGCACCCAAAAUUGCCGGUGGUCGACGUACCGUUGCUGCCUGCAAACAUUCUCCCACUGGUCACUUUCAUCUUCAUCAAUCUAGCCAUCGCAUCUGCUGCCACCACCACCGCCACCGACGAACUACCAUCGCCAAUCGUAGCUCAACCGUCGUCUGCUUCCGCAUCCACCGACACAUCGAAGCGAACCUCGGCCCACAUUCCGGGAGAUUUCGUCAUCGGGAUGCUGUUCUCGAUGCAUCACCAGCCACGCCAGAAGCGAACCGGUCCAAACCACUUCCUGUCCUGCGGUGAGAUCCGCGAGCACUAUGGCAUCCAGCGGGCGGAAGUCACGUUCAAGACCAUCGACGAAAUCAACCAAAACUUAAACCUACUGCCCAACAUAACCCUCGGUGUGGAAAUCAGAGAUUCCUGCUGGUACGCCCCGGUAGCCUUGCAGCAAAGUAUCGAACUGAUCCGAGACUCCAUAUCGCCUCCAUCCGGGGCUAGCAACAUUGGUGCCUCUCCGAGGUUUCCGCUGGACGGUGGCGGUUGGACGGGUGGCAUGUCCAAUUUCAUCAAACCGGACAUGUGUGUGGCACUACACCAAAACGCGUCACUCGGCUACAUCGACGGUCCCGUCAAGCCAUCGAACAAGUUUCGUCAAACGUUGAUAGGGGUUAUCGGGCCCGGGUCCAGCUCCGUAGCACUUCAGGUGCAGAAUUUGCUGCAGCUGUUUUCGAUCCCACAGAUUGGGUACUCUACCACUUCGAAGGAUCUCUCCGAUAAGGCACGCUAUAGCACCUUUAUGCGAGUAGUCCCUUCGGACUACUACCAAGCGCAGGUCAUGGUGGAUGUGGUGCGGCAGUUCAACUGGACCUAUGUAUCUGCUAUCAAUACGGAUGAAAAUUAUGGUCAAUCCGGAAUCCAAGCGUUUCGGGAGCUGGCAGACAGAUACGGAGUUUGCAUUGCUCGUGAGGACUCGAUCCUGAGCAACGCCGAAGACGAAUCGUUCCUGGACGUGCUGCGAAACAUCGUCCAGGACGCCAGCGCCAAAGUGGUGGUGUGCUUCUGCGAAGGAAUGACCGUCCGCGGUCUGCUGAAGGCGAUGAAGAAUCUCAACAUGACCGACCGGUUUCUGCUGAUUGGAAGCGACGGGUGGGCCGACCGGGCCGACGUCGUGGAAGACUACGAACGCCAAGCGCUGGGUUCCAUUUCGAUUCGGAUCCACAGUCCGUACGUGAAAUCGUUCGACGACUAUUAUUUCGGGCUGAGCCCAUUCACCAACAAGCGCAACCCGUGGUUCCGGGAGUUUUGGGAGAUCCGCGAACACUACGGCAUCCAGCGGGCGGAAGUCACGUUCAAGACCAUCGACGAAAUCAACCAAAACUCAAACCUGCUGCCCAACAUCACCCUUGGCGUUGAAAUCAGAGAUUCCUGUUGGUACGCUCCGGUUGCCUUGCAGCAAAGUAUAGAACUGAUCCGGGACUCCAUAUCGCCUCCAUCCGGGGCUAGCAACAUUGGCGCCUCUCCGAGGUUCCCGCUGGACGGUGGUGGUUCGACGGGUGGCAUGUCCAAUUUCAUUAAACCGGACAUGUGUGUGGCACAUCACAAUGCGUCGCUCGGCUACAUCGACGGUCCCGUCAAGCCAUCGAACAAGUUUCGUCAAACGUUGAUUGGGGUUAUCGGGCCCGGGUCCAGUUCCGUAGCACUUCAGGUGCAGAAUUUGCUGCAGCUGUUUUCGAUCCCACAGAUUGGGUACUCUACCACUUCGAAGGAUCUCUCCGAUAAGGCACGUUAUAGCACUUUUAUGCGGGUGGUUCCUUCGGACUACUACCAAGCGCAGGUCAUGGUGGAUGUGGUGCGGCAGUUCAACUGGACCUAUGUUUCUGCUAUCAAUACCGACGAAAACUAUGGUCAAUCCGGAAUCCAAGCGUUUCGGGAACUGGCAGACAGAUACGGAGUUUGCAUUGCUCGUGAGGAUUCGAUCCUGAGCAACGCCGAAGACGAAUCGUUCCUGGACGUGCUGCGGAACAUCGUCCAGGACGCCAGCGCCAAAGUGGUGGUGUGCUUCUGCGAAGGAAUGACCGUCCGCGGUCUGCUGAAGGCGAUGAAGAAUCUCAACAUGACCGACCGGUUUCUGCUGAUUGGAAGCGACGGGUGGGCCGAUCGGGCCGACGUCGUGGAAGAUUACGAACGGCAAGCGCUGGGUUCCAUUUCGAUUCGAAUCCACAGUCCGUACGUUAAAUCGUUCGACGACUAUUAUUUCGGGCUGAGUCCAUUCACCAACAAACGCAACCCGUGGUUCCGGGAGUUUUGGGAGGUCAGAUUCAACUGUACCCUUCCCACCAACGAUGCGAACCCCCUGGAGGCAAUGCAUUCCAAUGAAGGAAAGCCAUUUUGUACCGGUAAGGAAAAGCUAUCGGACCGGUACAAACAGGAGCCCAAGAUGAGCUUCGUAAUCAAAGCCAUCUACACGAUGGCCCGGGCCCUGGAGGCGCUGCAGCGCGAUUUGUGCGGCCAGAAUAGCAGCGGCAUCUGUUCGGCCAUGUACCCCUUCAAUGGAACGCAGUUUUUCAACUACCUCAUGAAUGUUUCCUUCUCGCACGAGGGCGACAUUGUGGAGUUUGACAAUAGAGGCGAUCCACCCGGAAGGUACGACAUCAUGAACUUCCAGUUCAUCAACGGGAGCUACGACUACGUCCCAGUUGGGGAGUGGAACAACGGUUCGCUAAUCUUCACCCAGAGCCUUCAGUCAUCGCCGGCGGGACCGGUGGAAUCCGUCUGUUCCAGACCGUGCCCUCCCGGGUCCUACAAGAAUCUUCAAACCGGUGGCCAGGAGAAGCAGUGCUGCUGGGUUUGUGUACCAUGCGAGCGUCACCAGAUUUUGUACAACGAGACUCACUGCCGGAAUUGCAAAGCAGGAUAUUGGCCGGAUUUGGCGAAAACCGAAUGUCUUCUAAUCCCGAUCGAGUACAUGCAAUGGGGAGACACCGAAGCCAUCGUUGCCAUGUCCUUCUCGAUUCUGGGCUUCCUCACGACCGGACUGGUCUUUGCGGUGUUCGUACGACACAACGACACGCCCGUGGUCAAAUCUUCGACUCGGGAACUGUGCUACCUGAUUCUAGUAGGAAUGAUCAUAUCGCACAGCUCUAUCUUUGCCAUUCUGGCGAAACCUUCGUCGAGCACAUGCUUGAUGAGUCGAACCCUGCCGGGCAUUUCGUUUGCAAUGAUCUACGCUUCGCUGCUGGUUAAGACUAAUCGAAUUGCAAGGAUCUUGGCGGGGUCCAAGAAGCGUUUUCCUACUAAGAAGCCCAGGUUUAUGUCGGCUGCUGCUCAACUGGUCAUAACGGGGAUGUUAAUAUCGGUGGAGAUCGCCAUUGCCGUAUUCAUGCUGGUUUUAGAGUCGCCUAGUACCGAACACCAGUAUCCUACCAGACAACGAACCGUACUCGCUUGCAAUACAUCUCGUGAGGGCAUCCUGGUACCGCUGGCCUUCAUCUUCCUACUUAUCAUACUGUGUACGUUGUACGCGUGGAAAACUCGAAACGUUCCGGAGAACUUCAACGAAGCCAAGUUCAUCGGUUUCGCAAUGUACACAACCUGCGUCAUUUGGGUAGCCUUCGUUCCCAUCUACUUCGGCUCGGAGUCCAAGAUCAUAACCAUGUGUAUCUGCAUUUCACUCUCAGCCAUGGUCACUCUAGUCUUCCUGUUCUUCCCCAAACUGUACAUCAUCCUUAUCCGACCGGAGAAGAACAUCCGAGCGCUCUUCACCACUUCCAAAAGCAUCCGAUGUCACAUCGGCUCUCGAGUAGCUUCCGCAAUUUCUCACAAAACAUCCUCUUCCUACUCUAGCGGUCCUGGACCUCCGGACGACUUCGGAGACUACAGCUUCGACGCCCCAAAACCGAUCAUACGAUCCUCAUCCUGCCAAACCUCACUGGAACUCCUUCUGGAACUUCUGGAACUUCAGUUCUUCGAACCCGACAAACCAUCCCCAAGAUCCACCCCUACAACGCGUCAACGAACUCUCUCUUCCACCCUCAAACAAGUCCGCUACAGUCUCUCCCCGAUAAAGGCCUCCGUCAGGAGGCCUCUACUUGUUCCGGAAGUCGAUCUCCUAAACACGACCAACAAUAACAUCAACCCCCCGCCCGAACGACGCACAGUGACCUUCGACUACUCCCGCAAAACCUCCAUCAGCGACCCGAGCGAUCAGUCGGAAAGCUCCUGCCCGCACUGUACCCAGCUGGAAACCGUUCGGCACAAGUACGAUCUGAUCGAUAGCCUACACUCAGCGAAGUAAACUACCGAAUU